AUGGAAGACUCUAGAGAGUCUGGUGAGAGUCGAUCGUCCCAAAGCUCUUGGGCUGCUGGAGUCCUGCCAGCCGGCGAGGCGCCGACGGCGAGCAGUAUGAGUUCAAUGUCCACGAACUGGGCUGCUUUGGGGACAUCUCGUGAGACAUUGGCAGGACGUGCAAUAAUCACACAGCCGCUCAACCAUUCUGGGCGCUUGCCCAGAGUGUAUGAGGUCUGGGACAAUGUUGGUGGCCGCAACAGGUUUUGCUGCUGUGGCCGAUGUAUCACCGGCCCAGACAUCGAUUUCUGGUACAACUUGUGCACAUGGUCCCUGAUCCUUAUACCUUCUGCGUUGUACUUCUGGGCAUGCUCGCCUCAUCUAUGGUCACUCAAUCCUCUGUUGCCAAUCGUUACUGGCAUUGCGCUGAUCGCGACAAUUGUCUUCUUACUCCUGACAUCAUGUACAGACCCAGGCAUUCUGCCUCGGAGGGAGCUGCGCUUGGCAGUUCCAGGGCUGGAGGAGGAGAUUGUUUCAGCGGUGGGGGUGCCACCGCUCCCCGCCGAGGGCGGCGCAGAACCAGAAGUCCCUCCUUUGAGCGAUUUGCAGCAAUCUCAGGGCUAUCGAUGGUGCUCGACCUGCAAGAUCAUUCGCCCUCCUCGCGCAUCUCACUGUGGGGACUGCGAUAACUGCGUGUUAACGUUUGACCAUCACUGUCCCUUUGUCAACAACUGCAUAGGCCAAAGGAACUAUGCGUUCUUCUCCGCUUUCCUGUUUUCGACAGGGUGUUUGGGCUUCUCCGUGGCUGUCGGAGUAGGCAUCAGAUACUCCAGCAUGGGAUCCCUGCCCGACCUUUGGAGGAACCCGGUGCUCUGCCUUGUCCUUGGCUUGAUUGGCAUACCCACGGCCUUGAUGCUGCUUGGUGUCAUUGCUCUGGCCUCCUUCCAUUCGUUCCUGAUUUGCACGGGCCGCACGACAAAGGAGGUGCUUACCGGGAGGAUCACCGUGGCUGGACGGACGCUCUUGCAUGAGAGGGGCGCAUCUCUCAUCCAUGCGCGGUCAAGCGUUGGGCAGAUGCAGACGCAGGAACCUUGA